AGCUUAGAGAAGAACAUCAUUUGAUCUUUCGUUAAGGGUUUUAACUGUGAGAAAAUGAACUUCCGCAGUCUCAUAGCCUCCGGCUCCCGCCUCGGGAAGAGGUUCUGUGCAACCGUCUCCUCUCCGGCGUCUUCAUCCGGCGUCGUCGAAGCCUCUGUUUCCGCUCCUCCGACGGCGGCGUCAAGGCAGAGAGAGAUGUACAAGAAACUCUCGAAGCUUAGUGUCACUGGAGGCACAGUGACAAAGACUUUGAAUCAGUUCAUCAUGGAAGGCACUCCCGUCAGAAAAGACGAUCUCUUUCGCUGCGCUAAGGACCUCCGCAAGUUCCGUCGCCAUCAACACGCCCUUGAGAUCUUUGAGUGGAUGGAGAUGAGGAAGAUGACAUUAUCUAUCGCCGAUCAUGCAAUUCGUUUGGAUCUAAUCGCAAAGACUAAAGGCUUAGAAGCUGCUGAAAGCUACUUCAACAGUUUAGAUCCUUCCACAAAGAAUCAUCAGUCUACUUAUGGAGCUCUCAUGAACUGUUACUGUGUGGAGCUCAAGGAAGAGAAAGCAAAGUCUCAUUUCGAGAAGAUGGAUGAGCUUAACUUUGUUAACAACUCGUUGCCGUAUAACAACAUGAUGUCAAUGUACAUGCGGUUAGGUCAACCAGAGAAGGUUCCUGUGCUUGUUGAUGCGAUGAAACAGAGAGGGUUAUCUCCUUGUGGGAUCACUUAUUCUAUAUGGAUGCAGAGUUGUGGAAGUUUGAAUGAUUUAGAAGGGUUAGAGAAGGUUAUAGAUGAGAUGGGGAAAGACAGUGAAGUUAAAACCACUUGGAACACUUUUUCUAGUUUGGCUGGGAUCUAUACUAAAGCUGGUCUUUACGAGAAAGCGGAGUCAGCUCUGAGAACCAUGGAGGAGAAGAUGAAUCCUAAUAACCGAGACGCACAUCAUUUUCUCAUUAGCUUGUACGCUGGAAUCUCAAAGGCUUCUGAGGUUGAACGAGUUUGGGAGUCGUUGAAGAAGGCUCGUCCUGAGGUCAACAACAUGAGCUACCUUGUCAUGUUGCAAGCUAUGAGUAAGCUUGGUGACAUAGAUGGGGUUAAGAAGGUGUUUACAGAGUGGGAAUCGAAAUGCUAUGCUUACGAUAUGAGGCUGGCUAAUAUCGCAAUCAACACUUAUUUAAAAAGAGAUAUGUAUCAAGAAGCAGAGAUGAUUCUUGACGGUGCAUUGAAGAAGUGCAAAGGGCCUUUUUCGAAAUCGAGACAGCUUCUGAUGAUUCAUCUGUUGGAGAAGGGUGAAGCUGAUAUGGCUAUGAAGCAUUUGGAAGCAGCGGCGUCUGAUCUUGCAGAGAAUAAAGACGAUGAGUGGAGCUGGAGCUCAGAGCUAGUGAGCUUGUUUUUCCUUCACUUUGAGAAAGCUAAAGAUGUAGAUGGAGCAGAGGAGUUGUGCAGGGUCUUGUCGAAGUGGAGACCUCUUGACUCUGAAACGGUGACUUUUCUUAUAAAGACUUAUGCAGCAGCAGAGAAGACUUGUCCAGACAUGCGUGAGAGAUUGUUCCGACAGCAGAUUGAAGUAAGCGAGGAGAUACAAGAUUUGCUUGAAACGGUUUGUCCUUGAAAAUUAAACCUGCAGUAAUUUGGUUAUAAUAAUACUCUUUUAAGUGUUAUGUCUCUUUUUAUGAGUUUAAGCUUAUUGUCAACCAAUAGAUUGUUUAUCAAAAUCAAAUAACCGACAUAAUCCGUUUGCUAAUUGUGGGUUUAUCAUCCACCCAUGACUCAUGUGUAGUAGUGUGUCACCAACGAC